AACCCUCCAGGUGAAUGAGUUGGAACAUGAGUUAGUUGCUGUAUGUUAUGCGUGAACACGUCUUGCCCUUUUGAUGCAUUUUUACAAUUUUUGUGACAAUUAUUGGUGCUUGACUUUCGCCGUCAUUUUGAUAUAAAGAUACACUGAACAAAUAGAAGUGCAAUGGAGUUCCAGUUAAUAAGAAUGUACUUAGGAAGAGUUUAUCGUAGUUGAUAUUUCGGCAGAAUUUUUCCCUGUGCCCGUGGAGUCAAGCUGUGUACUUUUCUUUAGCAAUGGCUAACUUGAAUGCAGAUUUAAGGUCGUACCUAUCAAGCUCUAAGAACGGAUCAUCUGGGUCAGGAGAAAGCGGCGGCUUUGCGGCGUCUGGGAAACGGACGCUGAACACGAUGACCAACUGGUGGAGGGGGAGUGGUGAUGGAGGAGAAGGGGGUGAAGGGGAGAAGAUGUUGGCAGGGGAUGUUGCCAGCAAACCGGCGGAGGAUGAUGGAAAUGGUUGGUUCAACCAGGCGCAGAAGGAUCCCUUCUGCCCAACGCUGAGUAAGCGACAGAGAAUCCUGGGCUUCAUGACUUUCAUCGUAGCAGGGGCUUUCUGCUUUGGUCUUGCUGCUGUUUAUGCCCCAUUCAUUGUCCUGCGAGCUCGGAAAUUUGCGUUGUUGUACACCAUGGGAAGCCUGUUCACCAUAAGCAGUUUCUCCCUUCUGUGGGGUCCUUGGUACCACCUGAAGCACCUCUUCUCGUCAGACAGGCUACCCUUCACUGUCAUCUACUUCACGUCAAUGUUCCUAACACUGUAUUUUUCCUUGAUGAGACAGUCAACCUUACCCACAGUUAUCUGCGCCGUUUUCCAAAUUAUUGCUUUAGUCUGGUACAUUGUGAGUUACAUUCCGGGCGGCCAGACAGGACUGAAGUUUUUCUCUAAGCUCUGCAAAGCGGCAGCCAGCAAGACACUUUCUAACGCGUUGCCCGUGUAGGCUGUCUUCUCAUUAUCCCACGCCAACUCAUCUCAUGGAGCCGGCCCUUGAGUACUCGGAGUUUCUCUGGCGUCAGGCCAUAAUUGAAAUGGCGGCACGGCUUGCAUCAAUUCCAGGAGGAACCAUUGAUCUUUGGAAUGGCUCACACAGAGCUUUUGAGUAGGAGUUCUAAAGCCCAGCAUAGGGGCCCUGAACAAAAGAAGUAGCCGUUGGUCAUCUAACAAUAUCAUCCCCUGAGGCUGACUUAACGCAGACGAUUUUGGCAUAGCUGUAUGGUUGCUUGUGGGCAUUGGGCUCGAUGCCAAUACAGUUUUAAUAGUCAGUGCCUCUUCGUCGUUGGUCAGGGAGUACUUGUGCUCUGAAUCUGCAGAGAGUGGGACCUCACGGUGAUAUGCACUUGGCCAGAAUUAUAUAGCAACUUGUACGUUGACAUACCUGUAUUGAACUUGCUGUUCAAAAGAUGCAGCCCUGCCUACUGUUACUGGAAUUUUCAGACUUCAGCAGUUUGGAGAAGCUGUCCACAGACACGUACCUGACAAGAGAAGAUAAAUAAAAUCAAUUUUUUUUCCAUCAUGUAUGGAAUUCCCAACCUUGGCAGUUAAACCUACUUAGGUUUCACAUAGGGAGGGAAUUUUUGUGAAGUUGUAAAUUGUCUUGCUCAAGACACAACAAAGGACUCGAUGCCUGGUUUUGAGACCCCUGGUACCACUUGCAGAUGUGACCCACUUUUUUGAACUCAAAAUGUGUAAAUGUAGAUGUAAACAUUUUUUCCUCACGUUCUCGUGGAUAAUUGUAAAUUAUUAUUUGUCAACAUCUGAAAGCUAUUUGCUGUAAAAAAAAAAAGAAACUACUCAACAACUUGAAGUUGUUGACAGACUGAAAAUGUUUGAAUUAAUCACAGAGUUGUUUUUUUAAAAUCUCCUUGCAUCGUUGUGCAAUCUGCAAGCUUGCUUUUACAGUCUAAAAAUAUUAACCACAGAGUGUGAGUUCGCAUCUAUUUGUUCACUAGCUUUGCGUCUUUUUUGAGAUGAUCAGCCCCUGCAAGGCAUGCCUUUUAUUUAACAGAUACUUUGGUGUGUUUUGUAUGGAAAAAAAAGUGGCAUAAAGGAAAUCUUGGAAGAAA